AUCUUAUUUAAGUACAUAACAACGGUCCACGUCAAACAGGAAGUAAAGUCACGGAGAAGGGCGCAGUGUUUUAGUUGAAUGAGCUGACAGCUACAGCUUCAUUUCUGCCCACCUACAACUUUCACCUACUUUCAGAGAAAUUUGGCAAAAGACAAUGGCAGACAAGGUGUUGGUCACAGGUGGAGGAGGCUACAUCGGGAGCCACUGUGUGCUGGAACUGAUUGAAGGAGGCUACACGCCCGUUGUGGUUGAUAAUUUCAGCAAUGCUGUUCGAGGAGAAGGAGAUGUGCCAGAGAGUAUACGUAGGAUAGAGAAGCUUCUGGACACCAGGAUUGAGUUUCAUGAACUUGAUCUUCUGGACAAGGCUGGCUUGAAAGCACUUUUCAAAAAGCAUUCUUUCAGUGCCGUGAUGCACUUUGCUGGCCUUAAAGCUGUUGGAGAAUCUGUGCAGCAGCCUUUGCACUACUACAGGGUCAACCUCAUUGCCUCCAUGAACCUGCUAGAGGUGAUGCAGGCUCACAGGGUGCACAAUCUGGUUUUCAGCAGCUCGGCCACAGUGUACGGAGACCCCCAGCGUCUGCCCAUCGACGAGCAGCACCCCGUUGGCGGCUGCACUAAUCCCUAUGGCAAGACCAAGUACUUUAUCGAGGAGAUAAUCAAGGACCACUGUAAGGCCGAAGAGGACUGGAAUGCAGUGUUGCUGCGAUAUUUUAAUCCCAUUGGUGCUCAUUCUUCUGGCCUCAUCGGAGAGGAUCCUCAGGGUAUCCCCAACAACCUACUACCAUACAUCGCCCAGGUUGCCGUCGGGAGAAGAAAGUUCCUCAGUGUAUUUGGGAACGACUAUGACACACUAGACGGGACAGGUGUGAGAGAUUAUAUUCAUGUGGUGGAUCUAGCAAAGGGACACAUUGCAGCACUGAAGAAGCUGAAGAACAGCUGCGGAUGCAAGGUUUAUAACCUCGGAACUGGAAUAGGCUACUCGGUCCUCCAGAUGGUAGAUGCUGUGAAGAAAGCAUCAGGGAAGGAAGUUGCCUACAAGAUCGCCCCUCGUCGAGAAGGAGACGUAGCAUCGUGCUACGCUGACCCUCGCCUGGCGGAGAAGGAGCUCGGCUGGAAGGCUGACUUUGAACUGGAGAGAAUGUGUGAAGAUCUGUGGCGCUGGCAGUCAAUGAACCCGACCGGAUUUUCCAAAACAGCAGCGUCUGGUUGCUAAGCCCAAAGCCCACAAUCAGUUUGUACAGUGUCAUGUUAAAAAAGCAUAAAGGGAAAUAAAAUGCUUUAUUUUUUACCUAUUUAACCCUUUAUUGGGUAAUGAACCAUAUUACAUAAGUGGGUGUCAAAAUAGACCACCUCCUAGAUUUUUAUACAAAUAAUCAAAAAAAUCAUGACAAUAAGGCCAAUCAUAUUUAGUAUUACUUUGACACAUGUGUAUGAUUAAAGAAAAAGGUAAUAAAUACGAGACUCCCCUAAGAAAUAGUUACUGUAGGUGCUGCAGGCUUUGGUGGAAAAAAAUGUAGUCGUGCAUAGGCACACUCAGGAAGGACAACGAAAGGAAGACUUCCCUGAUUGCAAUGUGCCAAACAAAAUAAUAGUCAUCGCCAUAGAAGUGAACUCAGACAUCACAAACAUGCUGAGAAAGGAAAGCAUUGGUUCGAGCCGCUCAACUACUGCAGCCAUCAUCAAGGAAAAAGUGCAUUUGUUAGACAUGAUAUCGUUUUUUUUAUGAAAUCAACAGUAAUAACUUUCUUUUUUAAUUGCUGUUUAUUUAAAAUUUUGAUUUGUAUAUUUACAUGAAUGUUUUUUAAUGUUCUCAAUGUCUUGUUUACAGUGUAAAUAUCUUAGGUUCUGACUUACACACAAAAAAAAUGCAUCUAAGGUAUUCAACUUGUUCGUAAAUCGAAGACUUCCUAUAGCAGGGGUAUUUAACAAAUAGGUUUUAGGGGCCAUAUUUCCAGUAGGCUAAGAACUGGGGUUCCGCACUUUAAACUGAACUCACGGGCACCCAGCUAAAUAGCCCAAAAGAUGAAAAAGAGAGAACCUAAAAUGGAACAAUUAGGAACACUACUCGUAUAACUAAUGCAGGCCAAUAAAUGAAUACUGACUGCAUCUCAAAUAAACUACGGCCACACCUUAGUUACCAUUUUUAUUUGUAAUGUUAAUCAUGUUACCGGUACUCCCAAAAAAGGGGUGUUUUAAAAAAACGCCUCCGUUAUGUGAAUCACAAGUUUGGACCCCAGUGUUCUAUGUUUGCUAGCAAAAUUAAAAUGUCAAUGCAAGGGUCUGACAAUGCAUACACGCUGACCCCCUACACCAGUGGUUCUCAACCUUUUUUCAGUGAUGUACCCCCUGUGAACAUUUUUUUAAUUCAAGUACCCCCUAAUCAGAGCAAAACAUUUUUGGUUGAAAAAAAGAAAUAAAGCAGUAAAAUACAGCAAUGUCAUCAGUUUCUGAUUUAUUAAAUUGUAUAGCAGUGCAAAAUAUUGCUCAUUUGAAGUGGUCUUUCUUGAACUAUUUAGGAAAAAAGAUAUAAAAAAUAACUAAAAACUUGUUGAAAAAUAAACAUGUGAUUCAAUUAUAAAUAAAGAUUUCUACACAUAGAAGUAAUCAUCAACUAAAACUGCCCUCUUUGGGGAUUGUAAUAGAGAUCCAUCUGGAUUCAUGAACUUAAUUCUAAGCAUUUCUUCACCAAAAAAAAAUCUUUAACAUCAAUAUUUAUGAAAAAAUCUAGCUGUCAACAUGAAUAUUGCAUUGUUGCAGUUCUUUUCACAGUUUAUGAACUUACAUUCAUGUUUUGUUAAAGUAUUAUUCAAUACAUAUUUUUAUAAAUUAUUUUUGAAUUGUUGAUAUUUUUAGAAUAUUUCAAAAAAAUCUCACGUACCCCUUGGCAUACCUUCAAUACCCACAGGGGUACGCGUACGCCCAUUUGAGAACCACUGCUCUACACAACAGGAGAAGUCUGGUGUUUUUUGGAAUUUGCUGCGAACAUGCCUGUGUCCCAAGUUUUUUACUGAACUCUUGGGGGUGGUAUGGUGUAAACCAGGGACAUAUUUGGCCCCCACCCUGCCAGUUGAAAAGCCAUUUCCUGCAGCUUAUCAUGUUUGUUAUCCUGACAUUUUUUAGAGUGUGAGUCUGCUUCCCCUAUAUUUACUAGUUGACAAAUAUAUUGAUUUCCACAAUUGUGAAAAUACACUGUAAAUUAAAUAAAGUAUGGUUUCAAAA